UACCCAAACCUGGAGACGGACAGGAGCAACGCUCCUUUGAAUCCCACGAUAAAUCAUUUUUUAGGGAAAAAUAUAAACUUUUUUGUGAAGAUAAACCUUAAAGAGGACAUUCUUCUUCAGGGUAACAAUGAGCCAAAGGCAGAUCAUUCAAGUGUUUGAGCAGUAUCAGAAAUCAAGGAUGCAGUUUGUGCAAACUGUCGCUGAACUGGCAUCCAGACCUCAGAACAUAGAAAUCCUCCAAACUGCUGGUGUGAUGUCCCUGCUGCGCCCCCUGAUGCUGGAUGUGGUCCCCAGCGUGCAGCAGACAGCAGCUCUGGCUCUGGGCCGCCUGGCUGACCACAGUGAUAACCUGGCUGAGGCCGUGGUGAAGGAAGACAUCCUCCCUCAGCUGGUGCACUCUCUGGCCUCACAGAAUAGGUUCUAUAAAAAGUCAGCAGCGUUUGUGCUGCGUGCAGUUGCCAAACAUUCCCCUGAGCUGGCCCAGGCUGUGGCAACCUGCGGGGGUGUGGACGCUCUAGUUCUCUGCCUGGAGGAGUUUGAUCCUGGGGUGAAAGAGGCUGCUGCUUGGGCUUUGGGCUACAUCGCACGACACAACGAAUCUCUGUCUCAGUCAGUUGUGGAUGCGGGUGCUGUCCCUCUGCUGGUGAUGUGUCUGCUGGAGCCACAGUUGGCCCUCAAGCGCAUCGCAGCCUCCACCCUCAGUGACAUCUGCAAACAUACGCCAGAGCUGGCUCAGACUGUGGUGGAGAGCGGGGCCAUUGCACACCUUGCACAGAUGAUCCUCAACCCAGACUCCAAACUGAAGAGGCAGGUGUUUUCAGCUCUCAGUCAGAUCAGUAAGCACUCGGUCAGUCUGGCAGAGAUGGUGAUUGAGGCUGAGAUCUUCCCCGCCGCCAUGGUCUGUCUCAGAGAUCAGGACGAGUAUGUGAGGAAGAAUGUCAGCACGCUGAUGAGGGAGGUGGUCAAACACACGCCGGAGCUUGCCCAGGUGAUUGUGAACUAUGGGGGCAUGGCAUCAGUGGUAGACCACCUGGGCAGUUGCCAUGGAAACCUGCGCCUUCCAGGGAUCAUGAUGCUGGGAUAUGUGGCAGCUCACAAUGAGAACCUCGCGAUGGCUGUCAUUCUCUCCAAGGGUGUCCCACAGUUGUCCCUGUGUCUGUCUGAGGAGAAUGAAGAUCACAUUAAGGCGGCCACAGUCUGGUCCAUCGGUCAAAUCGGUCAUCACACCCCAGAGCAUGCCAAAGCCGUGGCUACUGCUAACCUGCUGCCCAAACUGCUGCAGCUUUAUAUGAACACCAGCAGCACAGAGAACCUGCAGGCCAAAAGUAAGAAGGCUCUAAAGAACAUCCUGCAGAAGUGCACCUACUUGCCAGGACUGGAACCUCUCCUCUACGAUGCUCCGAGCAACAUCCUCAAACAUGUCGUCUGCCAGUUCAGCAAGGUGCUGCCUCAUGACAGUAAAGCUCGGCGUCUGUUUGUCACUAGCGGCGGGCUGAAGAAGGUGCAGGAGAUUGAGGCUGAGCCCGGCUCUGAUCUGCAGGAGCACAUCAACGCCAUCAACAGCUGUUUCCCUGAGGAGAUCGUGAGGUAUUACUCUCCUGGAUACUCAGAGACGUUGCUGCAGCGAUUAGAUAGCUACCAACCAGCCUGACAUCUGCUCACACUACACUUCCUGUUUGAAUGUUCACAUUUACAUGUACUGUGCAUAUGCCUUAUAUAAUAAAUAUGCUGCUUCACAUAAAGCGUUA